AGCCGCUCACGACGUCGCUGGGUGAAAAUAGAGACAAGGCCAACAGCAAAACUUGAGAAACUCAGACCAAAACUUAAAGAAGAAACUCCAGUGAACGUGAAUUUUUUUAGUGAAGUGUUAAUAAAUAAAAAAAAAGAUAUACGAUAUAUAAAAAUAAGAAAGAAAAAUCAAGCAAAACGCCUUGGGCUGGCUAUGAAAGACUCGAUGAGCAUACUCACCCAAACGCCCAGCGAGCCGAACGCAGCGCAUCACACGCAGCUGCACCACCACUCACAUACGCUGCAGCACCACUACGGCUUGCAGCCACCGGCGGUGGUAAGCAUCAGCGGCACCACCAUGUCCUCCGGCGGCAGCACCACCACGGCGUCGGGCCUCAAGCCCAAUCGAUCCCGCUUCAUGAUCAACGACAUUCUGGCGGGCAGUGCAGCGGCCGCUUUUUACAAACAGCAGCAGCAGCAGCAGCAACAGCAGCACCACCACCAACAACAACAACAGCAGCAGCUGCACCACCACAAUAACAAUAACAACAAUUCGGGAUCCAGCGGUGGCAGCAGUCCCGCUCACAACAACAAUAACAAUAAUGGCGAGAGCUUUGAGCCACCCACCGCUGCUCUGCCACCUGCCCACCUGCACCACCCACAGCCGCAUCCGCAUGGCCAUCCACACCCACAUCCGCAUUCGCAUCCGCAUCCGCAUUCCCUGAUGCAUCCGCACGGCAAGCUGGGCCAUUUUCCACCCACCGCUGGCGGUAAUGGGUUAAACGUGGCCCAAUAUGCGGCGGCCAUGCAGCAGCAUUAUGCCGCUGCCGCGGCCGCCGCUGCUGCGCGAAAUAAUGCAGCAGCCGCUGCAGCUGCUGCGGCCGCCGCUGCGGCUGCUGCAGUGGCACCGCUGCCCGGAGUGGGUGGUGCCGGUGGGGUGGGACUGGCGCCGCCGCCGGGCGGCCAGGAUUUGGACGACAGCAGCGAUUACCACGAGGAGAACGAGGACUGCGACAGCGACGAGGCGGGCAGCGCGGGAGGCGGCGGGGGAGGCAGCGGCCACAUGGACGAUCACAGCGUUUGUAGCAAUGGCGGCAAGGAUGACGAUGGAAACAGUGUCAAGAGCGGUUCCACCAGCGACAUGAGCGGCCUGAGCAAGAAGCAGCGGAAGGCGCGUACCGCCUUCACGGACCACCAGCUGCAGACGCUGGAGAAGUCCUUCGAGCGGCAGAAGUACCUCAGCGUCCAGGAACGCCAGGAGCUGGCCCACAAGCUGGACCUCAGCGACUGCCAGGUGAAAACUUGGUACCAAAACCGCAGAACCAAAUGGAAGCGCCAAACCGCCGUGGGUCUGGAACUCUUGGCGGAGGCCGGCAACUUUGCGGCCUUCCAGCGGCUCUACGGCGGAUCGCCCUACUUGGGCGCCUGGCCGUAUGCGGCUGCUGCUGGGGCCGGGGCCGCUGCCGCCGCCGCCCACGGGGCCACGCCCCACACGAGCAUUGACAUUUAUUACCGCCAAGCGGCCGCUGCCGCCGCCAUGCAGAAGCCGCUGCCCUACAACCUGUACGCCGGCGUUCCGUCCGUGGGCGUUGGGGUGGGCGUGGGCCCAGCGCCCUUCUCCCACCUGUCCGCCUCCAGUUCGCUGUCCUCGCUGAGCAGUUACUACCAGAGCGCCGCUGCCGCCGCCGCGGCUGCGAAUCCGGGCGGACCGCAUGCGGUGCCGGUGCCGCCGCAGCCGCCUUCAGUCGGCGGAGGAUCGCCGCCGAGCGGUCUGGCCAAGCCCCACUCCGCCCCCGCGUCCGCCUCCCCGCCGCCAAGGCCGCCGUCGACGCCCAGUCCGACGCUGAACCCGGGCAGUCCGCCCGGGCGGUCCGUCGACAGCUGUUCGCAGUCGGACGACGAGGACCAGAUACAGGUGUGAGCGGUACGGAGGGGAGUGCGUGCGUCUAUCAUUGGGUUUAUGCGGCCUCAAAAGCGUGAUUCUCUGAGGGAUAUUUAAUUUCCAUCACUAUUUCGUAUUUAUUCAAGAUGUCAACAAGAUUAUGUUAGAUGAUUUUGCAUUUAGAUGGCUACAUAUCAUAUUUAGUUUUCAUUUAUUUUAAAUUAACAGCUAUUUUAAAAUAAUAUUUUUAUUAUAAAGGCAAAAAUAAAUCUUUCUUAUGGAUAGAUUGCCUCUCCUAAUUCUACUAUUAUUUUGAUCACAGCUGUUAACACAUUUAAAUGGCAUUUAAGUUAUUUUGAAUUGAUCACAACAUUAAUCAAAUAUCAUAUCACCAUCCUUUUUGAGGUUCAAACUUCAGUACAAAAACAUUUUCUUUAUAUUGCUAAAUUUAAGAACUAAAAUCAACACAAGAGUUGUAUCAAUUAUUAUAUGUUAGGUCAUAAAAAGUAGCACAACAAAGUUCAGUAUUUAAAACGAACCCAUUACAAUGUCCAUGAACAUAUAGAAAACACAAUAUCCCCUAGAAUUCGCGUAUUUUGAGCCUGCGCAUAAACCCCGCUUGUCUGUGUGUGUGCCUGCGUGUGUAUAUAAUCAUAUCUUUGUGUCUCUGUGUGUGCGUGUAAGCUUAAUUUAUUUGAUUUGCUUUUAGUAACUUAUUAAAAAUGUUUUUUAC